AUGGCCAAGAGAAAGUAUCAUGUCAAGAAGCUUGAAAAGGUUCCUGGUAGAGAAUUAAUCAAUCUAGUGUUUUCUUGGUCUAUCCAAGAUGUGCUCAACAAAGAUCUGUCCAAAAGCCAGGUUUGGUGCUCAACAAAGAUCCGUCCAAAAGCCAGCAAAGCAGCAGCAAACAGUGAAAAGAUGAAUCAGCAACAGGAACUACGCGAAGAGCACACGGAGGAAGGACAUGAAUUUACUGAGGGUAUUCUUCAUCUUUAUUUCAACAAAGUAGAAUAG